AUGGUUGUGACGGUAUACUUAAUUGGUGGUGGAUUGAGAACCUUUGCAUAUUUACUGCUGGAACUUGGACGAAAUAUUCCUCACCUGUGGGCAUAUGCCAUCAUCUCUCAAAUUGUUGCUGUUUCUACGGCAUUGUCCCUAUUUUGCAUCGCCGUCACUUUACAGUCUCCGCGCGCCAAACAUAUCCCUUCCAAAAAGAACGAUGACGAGAUCAAUGCCGUCCUCCUGAGUGCGGAAGAGGAAACAGAGGCACCUGCUCAACUGAGCGUUCCGGUCUUGUUGGGUUUAUUCCUGGUUUCAGCUUGUCCAGCGCCCACUUCACCCGACUUCCUCCCAAUUAUCCUUUCUCUUCAUGCGGUUCUCCUUAUACCCACACUUCCAAAUGCGUUAUGGACGAGUCAACCCAACUUCUUACGACUGCCAGUGAUGACAGUAUACUUUGCGGUCACAGCCCUUUCACUUGUUUUAAGAAUCCAGUCAACUCUCGCCGCCGUGAUAUCAUUGGAAUAUAUUGGGAUAAUGGAAUUCGCUCAGGCGGCAUGGCAG